CGGGGCGGGCUCCGGGGCCGCAGCGGUGUCGGCGGGAGACUAGCGCGCUGCGGGCCGGGGGAGGCGCCACGGAGCCGGUCCGGCUGCGGCUGCGGCUCCCGCUCCCGCCAUGGCCACGUCCCCGUGCAGCAGCAGCGGCGUCUCCUCCGCGUCGUCGGCGGGGCUGGGCGCGGAGGCGGCGCUGGAGAUCCGCACGCGCUCGGUGGAGCAGACGCUGGUCCCGCUGGUGUCGCAGAUAACUACUCUUAUUAACCAUAAGGAUAAACCAAAGCGGUCAGACAAGACGCUGCAAGCAAUUCAGCGGGUGGGCCAAGCUGUUAACCUAGCAGUUGGAAGAUUUGUUACAGUAGGAGAAGCCAUAGCCAAUGAAAAUCGAGAAUUGAAAGAGGAAAUGAGUAUUGCUUGCAUUGAGGCAAAGCGAGCAGGUGAAACAAUUGCACAACUUACAGAUGUAGCUAACUUGGAUCAUCCAGAAUAUGAUGGCCGGAUAACAAUUUUUACAGACAAAACAGGAGUAGUAAAAGCUGCAAGAUUGCUGCUUUCGUCAGUGACAAAGGUGCUGGUGCUGGCAGACAGAAUAGUUAUUAAACAAAUUUUAUCUUCCAGAAACAAGGUUCUUGCAACAAUGGAACAGCUAGAGAAAGUGAGUAGUUUUCAAGAGUUUGUGCAAAUAUUCAGUCAGUUUGGAAAUGAAAUGGUGGAGUUCGCCCAUUUAACUGGAGACCGACAAAAUGAUUUAAAGGAUGAAAAGAAAAAAGCUAGAAUGGCAGCAGCUAGGGCUGUGCUUGAGAAAUGCACCAUGAUGCUUCUCACUGCUUCAAAGACAUGUCUGAGGCAUCCUGACUGUGAAUCUGCUUGUUUAAACAAAGAAGGAGUGUUUCACCGAAUGAGAUUAGCUUUGGAGCAGGUAAUAGAGAUCGUAACUGACUCUAAACCCAGUGGAGAGAAUGAAAUGGCCGCCAUAAGUAUAUAUACGAGCAUCAAAGAAUUCAAGAAUAAGGUGGAAGGUCUUCGGGAGAAUCUUUAUUUUCUCUCUAAAGAGAAUCUUUCAACAAUGCUGGAACUCAUUCUGGAACACACAGAAGAUUUUACUGAUUCUGCCUACACCAGCCAUGAGCACAGAGAACGCAUCUUGGAACAGUCCAAGCUGGCUAAAAUGGAACUAGAGCAGCUGGUUUCAGUGUGGAUGCAAGCUGUAAGAGCUUUUUAGCAAAGUAAAUCGUUUCA